AUGUCCGAGAUAAGUCUUGCGGAAACAAUUAGUGGAAUUAGCGUCAACGACGAAUGGGGACCAGCAACGACCACCGCCACAACUCUCGAUGGCGUCCCUUACGCCCCAUACUCCAAGAGUGACAAACUAGGUCGCAUGGCCGACUGGACUCAAGAAGGCAAAGAAGGUCGAGACCGAGGCGGCAGACAAUAUGGGAGAAAUUACAGAGACCAACAAAUUUAUGGCGCAGGCACAUCCUCUCUUUUCGCCGUGCAAGCUGCCGAAGAUGAAGCCACCUUCUCCGUUGUCGACAACGCAAGAACGACCGCAAAGGGCCGUGGCUUUGGUAGAGGCGGAGUGACAGUCUUCCGUGGGCGAGGCCAGCGAGGAGCUGCCCAACGUGGAGCAAGAGGAGCAUUCCAAAGAGUUGGACAAGGUCGCACUGGAGGUCAACAGCAAGGACAGUUUUUUGAUCAGAGGGGCGGUCGAGGCGGCAGAGGUCGUCGAUUCGGGUGGCGAGACUACGACAAGCCACAACGAAAUCGUGAUGCUUCAGUCAACAUCCGCCCCGACUGGGUCAUGAAGGAGGAAAUCGACUUUAACCGACUCGCAAAACUCAACCUCGAGACUCCCGACGGGGAAGAUAUCGACAGCUACGGAUUCCUUUACUAUUACGACCGCUCGUACGACAAAGCUCCAGUCAAGAACACCGAACGCAAGCUCCAGUCCCUUGAACGAGCCGCAUACAAUGUUACCACGUCCGCCGACCCCGUGAUCCAAGAACUGGCCGAGAAAGACGAGGCCAUCAUCUUCGCCACCUCAGAUAUCCUCUCCAUGCUCAUGUGCGCGACUCGAUCUGUGUACAGCUGGGAUAUUGUGAUCCUGAAGCACGGGGACAAGAUCUUCCUGGACAAGCGACCCGACAGUUCGAUCGACCUUGUCACGGUCAAUGAAAAUGCUGCCGAUGCCCCACUGGAAGCAGACACGUCAACCACGCCAUCCCAGCAACAAACCGGAGUCAAACCGGACAGCAUCAAUACUCCGUCCAACCUCGCCAUGGAAGCCACAAUGAUCAACCACAACUUUGCCUUCCAGACCGUGAUCGAAAACCCCAACAGCAAGGUCGAAUUCCCUCACCCCAACCCGUUCUACAGUGCUUCCGAGGAGACGGACCCGCUCGCCUCGAAAGCCUACAAAUACCGACGCUUUGACCUCUCGCUCGAGCGCGACGAAGAACCGCUGAACCUGAUCGUGCGCACAGAGCUCGACGCCGCCAUCAAGAACAACAUCUCCGGGGAGGACCAGUUCCUCACGCUGAAGGCGCUCAACGAAUUCGACCACAAGGCCCAAGGCAGCGGCGGCGCGUUGGACUGGCGCACCAAACUCACCUCCCAAAGAGGCGCCGUGGUCGCCACGGAAAUGAAGAACAACAGCUGCAAACUGGCCCGAUGGACGACCCAGGCCAUUCUGGCCAAGGCGGAUCAAAUGAAGCUCGGUUUCGUGUCGAGAGCCAACCCCAAGAGCGCGGCCAACCACGUCAUUUUGGGCGUCGUCGGCUACAAGCCGCGCGAGUUCGCCAGCCAGAUGAACCUGGGCUUUUCCAACGGGUGGGGUAUCGUGCGGACCAUCGUCGACCUCGUCCGGAGCAUGUCCGAUGCCGCGGACGAAGAAGAAGAUGGUGAGAAGGAAGAAGCAGCUCCCGCAAAGGACAGGAAAUACGUCCUGGUCAAGGACCCGAAUAAGCCGGUCAUCAGGCUGUACGAAGUGCCCCUCCACACCUUUGAGGACGAGGACGAUGCCAUGACGGGCACGGUAGGCGAGACGGAUGGUGCUGGGGAGGAAGCAGAGGAAUAA